AUGGUUCCCCAUCAUCUCUUAACGUCGGCGGUCCUGUCAGUGUACUGCCACGUACUUUUAGUUACAGCUUGGUCGGUCAACAACUUCCUGAUGGCGGGUACAAAGGCUCACCUCAUUUACACCGGCAGCGUGCAGGCGGGCGCCCAGCGCGGCAUUGAGGAGUGCAAGUACCAGUUCGCGUGGGAUCGGUGGAACUGUCCCGAGAGCGCGCUCCAGCUGUCCACGCACAACGGGCUGAGAAGCGCCACCAGAGAAACGUCCUUCGUCCACGCCAUCAGCUCCGCCGGGGUGAUGUACACUCUCACCAAAAACUGCAGCAUGGGCGAUUUCGACAACUGCGGCUGUGACGACUCCAGAAUUGGACAAAUCGGAGGAAGAGGAUGGGUCUGGGGAGGAUGCAGCGAUAACGCGGAGUUCGGGGAGCGGAUUUCCAAGCAGUUCGUGGACGCGCUGGAGACCGGGCAGGACUCCAGGGCCGCCGUGAACCUGCACAACAACCAGGCCGGCAGGCUGGCCGUCAGAGCGACCAUGAAACGCAUCUGCAGGUGUCACGGCAUGUCGGAGAGCUGCACCGUCCAGACCUGCUGGCUGCAGCUGUCCGACUUCCGAGACGUCGGCAACUACCUGAAAGUCAAGCACGACCAGGCUCAGAAGCUGGAGCUGGACAAGAGGCGAAUGCGCGCCGGGAACAGCGCCGAAACCAGGCGGGUGAUCGCGGACGCCUUCAGCACCGUCGCCCGGACGGAGCUCAUCUACCUGGAAGACUCCCCGGAUUACUGCGUGAGGAACUCCAGCCUCGGGCUGCACGGCACGGAGGGCAGGGAGUGCCUGCAGAGCGGCAAGAACCUCUCGCAGUGGGAGAAGCGCAGCUGCAGGCGGCUGUGCUUCGAGUGCGGGCUGAGGGUGGAGGAGAAGCGGACGGAGAUCGUCAGCAGCUGCAACUGCAAGUUCCACUGGUGCUGCACCGUGCGGUGCGAGCAGUGCACGCAGGUGAUCAGCAAGUACAUGUGCGCCAGGAGAGACGCGGCUCACGGACAGCUCGGCGUGCGGCCCAGGAGAAAGACCCGAGGCCGCAAACGAUAAAAAACCGUGGACGCUUCUGUAUAUUUAUCGCUUAUGAAUACGACGUAUUUAAUAAUAAUAAUAAUAAUGAUAAUGUACAUUAAAUGUAUGAUUUAUAACAUUCACGUAUUUGCUAUGGACAUUUUGUGGGGGACAAUUUUUCAGAGAUGUUAAUCUGAAUAGGAUGAAGGAUCCUGAACGAUAUAAAAGAUUUAAAAAUGAAAAAUGAUUUAUCUGAGACUUGGGACGUUUGAUAUGUCGUGUGACAAGAUGGCUUUCGGCCUCAAAAGGCGCUGUGAUACAGACGUCCAUAGGGAAUAAUAGUUACGCCGUUUUGUAUUUGUAAAUAGUUCUUCCAAUGUGUUUGAAUUAUUCUCUUAGUUACUGGAAUAAUUUUGUAGUUCGAGCCUUCUUAACAAAGGGCUGAAUUCCAGGUGUGUAAUGUUGCAGCAUUUUAA